UUCUCUACUAUUUACGUCAAAUAUGACUACGUUCGCACAUACACGUUGGAAUUUGAAAUUUUGGCAAUUUCAUAACAGUCAAAUGUGCCUCGCUGGCUAUCACUUGAUUAUGCUUAUUUUAUCGCCCAUUCUCCUUAUCCACAUAUACAUACUUAUCCACCGUGUUUAUAACCAACAGAAUAAAAAUCGUAUAGUAGUGAAGUCAUACUAAGUAGUAGGGAACGUACUGAAGUUUGCCGGGUUGCGCAAGCUGAGUAUGAUUUUCCGUGAAACGUAUAACAGAAAUGCUUUGUUUUUACUUUUAAAAAUGUUUAAACCACUUUGACGUUAAUUUUAUUGCUACGAUUUAAAUUAGAUUAUUAUGGAAUAAGCGUAAUUAAUAGUUCAAAUUUUUGCGCUUAUUUCAGUUCACUCAUUGUCAAGAAUUGUAACUUGUACUGGUAGCGCUCGCCACACAAAACCAGUGUUUAAUGACUAUAAUCACACAUGAAACAGAUCAAGUUGACAAUUUAAUAUAAAGUUCUUAUUCCUAUGACCACGUUAACGAUAACGAAUGCGUUUUAUCCUAAGUUUAAAACAUUUUUAUAAAAAUGAUGAAUUACUCGAUGACGUAAUGCCACUCAUUCAACGUAAUCUACUAAUAUAAUAUAAAAUGGCAACAUUUUGGUCAGGAAGACCUGGUUGGUUAGGAAAAGUAGGCAUAGUAUUAUUAGCUACGUGGCUUUUGGUACUAAUUGUAUCUGUAUCACAUAUCUUUAAAGCUAAUAGUUUAUCAUCUAACAAUGAAAGUCCUACAAAUAAAGAAAAUGCUCAACGUCUGGCCCAGAUGGUUAAUGAUUUUGAAAUUCUUAAAAGGCAAAAUGAAGCGCUAAAGAACAUAAUAUUGGGAGAAAGAUCAAAAUCCAUUCAAGGGGACCAUCUAGGUUCGAUACAUGAAAAGCUUGAUAAGGUAUCACUGUAUGACGAAUUGUUGGAUACUAAAAACAACAUUAAACACAGUGUCCCUUCUUUGGAAUAUGAAGAUUUACGGAGAAGGGUGAGAAACAAUGUACAAGAACUAUGGUAUUACAUUAGUGCAGAACUUAGCAAACUUAAGAAAACUAUAGAUAAACCCAGUUAUGAUCAAAAGGAGAAGAGAAUACAGGAUGUAUUGAGAAAUGUCUGGGAUCAUAAGAGAUCUCUCAUUAUAGAUAUUGAUAGAUUGAAAAAAGCAGAUGGCUAUGAUGAAUGGCGUAAAAAAGAAGCAAAAGAUUUAUCUGAUCUCGUACAAAGAAGAUUUAAGUAUUUACAGAACCCUAGUGAUUGUAACAAAGCUAGAAAAUUAGUUUGUAGUUUAAAUAAAGGCUGUGGAUUUGGUUGUCAGAUUCAUCACAUUACAUAUUGCUUUUUGGUUGCUUAUGGCACAGAGAGAACAUUGAUAAUCAAGUCAAAAGGUUGGAGAUACCAUAAGGAUGGUUGGGAGUCUGUUUUCAAGCCAUUAAGCGAUACCUGUGUAUCUACAAAUGGAGCAUCUCAUGCUAAUUGGCCUGGUGAUGCUUCUAAACAAGUAAUAUCCUUACCCAUUGUGGAUAACGUUUAUCCAAAACCAAGGUAUCAACCACCAAGUGUACCAGAAGAUUUAGCACCGAGAUUAGAGAAACUUCAUGGGCAUCCAUUGGUAUGGUGGGUAGGACAAGUUCUGAAGUACUUAAUGCGACCUCAAGAACAUGUAACGAAAACAUUGAACUAUGCAAAAGAUAGACUUGGUUUCAAAAAACCUAUUGUCGGAAUUCACGUACGAAGAACGGAUAAAGUUGGUACCGAAGCUGCUUAUCACGAUAUAGACGAAUACAUGGUUAAGGUUGAGCAGUAUUUCGAUGAACUUGAAGUAAAACCAGAUGUGAGAAGGGUUUUCUUAGCCAGUGAUGAUCCAAAGGUGAUCACGACAGCCAAGAAUCGUUAUUCAAAUUAUGAAAUAAUAGGGGAUCCAGAAAUAGCAGAAAUGGCGUCAGUUGCAAAACGAUAUUCAGAUUCCUCUUUGCAAGGAAUAAUCAUUGAUAUACAUCUUUUGUCCGAAUGUGAUUAUUUAGUGUGCACGUUUAGUUCUCAAGUAUGCCGUGUGGCUUACGAAUUGAUGCAAACAUACUACCCCGAUGCAUACAAUCGAUUUACAUCACUCGAUGAUAUUUAUUAUUAUGGAGGACAAAAUCCACACCCUCAUAAAGUCAUCUUGGAUCACCAACCAAGAAGAAGUGGCGAAAUAGAACUGAAAGUAGGAGACUUGGUUGAAGUGUUUGGUAAUCACUGGGAUGGUUAUUCUAAGGGAUACAACACUCGAACUAGUAUGACAGGUCUAUUUCCAAGUUUCAAAGUGAAAAAUCCAGUGGAUGCUGUAGACUUUCCGAAGUAUCCAAACGUUCCUUUAAACGAAAACAAGAACGAGUAGGCACAUUUUGAACGUGUAGUAAUCUUGAAUGCAUUCAGAUUGCUUAAAAAAAGAAUGUAACUUGCCUUUAUAUUUAAAUUGUUACGAAAAAAGGGUCAUGUACACUUAUAUAUUUUAUUACUAGCAAAUAAUGGAUUUAAUUCUUUCGUAAAUUGAAAUUAUCACGAGUUGUGAGACAAAGAAGUUGCACUAUUGCCUACACGAAUGAUGUGUUAAAUUUUAAGAAGAUUGUUUAUAAAUAUUUGAGAAAUAAUAUUGUAGGAAAUUUUUAAUAAGUUUACGAUCUCUUACAAAUUGAACUAAAAAUAUAAAUAAAUUUUAAAAGAACACGUAGUAAUACAAUGUAAAGGUUUUAUAUAUUUUGAUUGACGUUAAAAAUUUGUACUGUUAUGUUAAUAAGAGAUUUUAUUAGAACGUGACUGUAUCAUUGCAUUACACUGCAAUUGUUCAGUAAUUUUAAGAUACGUAUUUUUUUUCUCUAUCACAUGCAUUUAAAAUGUAUGAAACAGGAUCGAUGAAGUACGGGAUUUGUGCCAAUGCAUUUGAUUUUUCACAAGUAUUAUUUAUAACGGCAAGCCAAUGUUCGCAGAAAAUAUACGAUUAAAUACAUUUGACCACA